ACAUCAGAACUGGAGUAAAAUCUGAUAUCCCUGGAGGAGCAUCCUACCUUUAAGCAGCCUUUGAAGGGGCAGGAGGUCCUGGGAAAGCUCUGCAGCACUGAGGAUUGUUGGGACUUCUGUUUGUUCUGAGAGCUGCACAUACAAGGGGCUUGCUAGAAGCAUGGACCUCAGUGAAAAGUGGGCUUUGGAGGAAGGAAACUGGUUGUCGCCUGGUGGAAUUCAUCAUUUUCCCAGCACAAGGGCAGACAGUGAGUUUGUGGACGCCUCCCCCGAGUCUUACAGCCCGGAGGAGUUAGCACCCGCUCCUGUCUCUUACAGCCCCAGCAGUCCUGUGCAAAUUCUAGAAGAUACCAGCUACUUUUUUUCGGACUUUCAGCUCUACUCUGGGAGGCAUGAAGCAUCUGCUUUGAAGGUGGAGGCAAACAGUAGCAUCAGGGAAAAAGUUGAGGAUCCUCUUUGUAACUUCCACUCCCCAAACUUCCUGAGGAUCUCAGAGGUGGAAAUGAGAGGUUCCGAGGAUGCGGCAGCUGGAACAGUAUUACAGCGGCUGAUCCAGGAGCAACUGCGGUAUGGCACCCCCACCGAGAACAUGAACUUGCUAGCCAUUCAGCACCAGGCCACAGGGAGUGCAGGACCAGCUCACCCUACAAACAACUUUUCUUCCACGGAAAACCUCCCUCAAGAAGACCCACAAAUGGUCUACCAGUCAGCACGCCAAGAACCGCAGGGUCAAGAACACCAGGUGGACAAUACGGUGAUGGAGAAACAGGUCCGGUCCACACAGCCUCAGCAGAACAAUGAGGAACUGCCCACUUACGAGGAGGCCAAAGCCCAGUCACAGUUCUUCAGGGGGCAACAGCAGCAGCAGCAACAGCAGCAGCAGCAGGGGCCAGUGAGCCACGGUUACUACAUGGCUGGGGGCACCAGUCAGAAGUCCCGCACUGAGGGGAGGCCCACGGUGAACCGUGCCAACAGUGGACAGGCUCAUAAGGACGAGGCGCUGAAAGAACUGAAGCAGGGCCAUGUCCGCUCUCUGAGUGAGAGAAUCAUGCAGCUGUCGUUGGAGAGGAAUGGUGCUAAGCAACACCUCCCCAGCUCAGGGAAUGGAAAGGGGUUCAAAGCAGGAGGUGGGCCCUCUCCCGCCCAGCCUGCUGCGAAAGUGCUAGACCCUCGCGGUCCUCCACCUGAGUAUCCCUUCAAGACCAAGCAAAUGAUGUCCCCAGUCAGCAAGAACCAGGAUCACGGACUUUUCUACAGUGACCAGCACCCUGGGAUGCUCCACGAGAUGGUCAAGCCUUACCCUGCUCCUCAGCCUGCUAGAACAGAAGUGGCCGUGCUGAGGUACCAGCCACCCCCAGAGUAUGGGGUUACCAGCCGCCCAUGCCAACUUCCGUUCCCGUCGACCGUGCAACAGCACAGCCCCAUGUCCUCUCAGACCUCCUCCGUCAGUGGGCCACUGCACUCUGUCUCCUUGCCACUUCCACUUCCGAUGACCUUGGCRGCUCCACAGCCCCCGCCUUCCGCCUCCCCCAGCCAGCAACUUGGUCCAGAUGCGUUUGCGAUUGUGGAGCGCGCCCAGCAAAUGGUGGAGAUACUAACYGAAGAGAACCGAGUGCUUCACCAGGAGCUUCAGGGUUACUAUGACAAUGCCGACAAGCUCCACAAGUUUGAAAAAGAACUCCAGAGAAUUUCAGAAGCCUACGAGAGUCUGGUGAAGUCCACUACCAAGCGAGAGUCGUUGGACAAGGCCAUGAGAAAUAAACUGGAAGGCGAGAUCAGAAGACUUCACGAUUUCAACAGAGACCUCCGAGAUCGACUGGAGACAGCCAACAGGCAGCUGUCUAGCAGGGAGUAUGAAGGACAUGAAGACAAAGCUACUGAGGGGCAUUAUGCUUCCCAGAACAAAGAGUUCUUAAAGGAAAAGGAGAAGUUAGAGAUGGAGUUAGCAGCUGUGCGCACUGCGAGUGAGGACCAUCGGAGACACAUUGAGAUCUUGGACCAGGCUUUGAGCAAUGCUCAGGCCAGAGUCAUCAAGCUGGAAGAGGAGCUUCGAGAGAAGCAAGCGUAUGUGGAGAAAGUUGAGAAGCUGCAGCAGGCCCUGACCCAGCUGCAAUCCGCGUGUGAGAAGCGAGAGCAGAUGGAGCGCAGGCUGCGGACCUGGCUGGAGAGAGAGCUGGAUGCACUGAGGACCCAGCAGAAACAUGGAAAUGGCCAGCCAGCCAGCAUGCCAGAAUACAAUGCUCCGGCCCUCAUGGAACUCGUGCGGGAGAAGGAGGAGCGGAUCCUGGCCCUGGAGGCUGACAUGACCAAGUGGGAGCAGAAGUACCUGGAGGAGAGCACCAUCCGUCACUUUGCCAUGAGUGCUGCAGCCACUGCUGCAGCUGAGAGGGACACCACCAUCAUCAACCACUCAAGGAAUGGCAGCUAUGGCGAGAGCUCACUGGAGGCCCACAUCUGGCAGGAGGAGGAGGAAGUGGUGCAGGCCAACAGGAGGUGUCAGGACAUGGAGUACACUAUUAAGAAUCUCCAUGCCAAAAUCAUUGAGAAGGAUGCCAUGAUUAAAGUCCUUCAGCAGCGAUCCCGUAAGGAUGCUGGGAAGACUGACUCCUCCAGCCUUCGGCCAGCCCGCUCUGUCCCGUCCAUCGCGGCGGCCUCUGGGGCACACUCCCGCCAGACCUCACUUACCAGCAACCAGCUGGCCGAAGAGAAGAAGGAAGAGAAGACCUGGAAAGGCAGCAUAGGGUUGCUGCUGGGGAAAGAGCACCAUGAGCAUGCUUCUGCCCCUCUGCUGCCAACUCCACCGGCCUCUGUACUGUCCCCUGCGGCAUCUGUAACGUCAGCCAGCAGUGCCCACGUGAAGACAGGCAGCAAGGACAGCAGCACCCAGACUGACAAGAGCACUGAACUCUUGUGGCCCAACAUGGCCUCGCUCCCCAACCGCGGCAGGCUGAGCACCACCCCCUCCAACAGCCCCGUCCUGAAACACCCAGCCGCCAAAGGGACUACAGAGAAAACAGAGAACUCUCCUGGCCACGGGAAGUCACCGGAGCACAGAGGCCGCGUGAGCAGCUUGYUGCACAAGCCCGAGUUCCCUGAUGGAGAGAUGAUGGAAGUUCUCAUCUAACUCUGUCAUCCCUGCUGAAUGUCAUUAUGGAACACUGACAAAUAAGGAGCGUGGCAGAGGAAAAGAAAGAUCGGGAAGGUUGCAGAUGGGAAGCCAGGAAUGAUAUGAACUGAUAAGAUUUCAGAUUAAUAAGAACACUUUUUAUAGUUGUUAAAAACAAGAGACCUACGUGACUACAGAGAGAAGAGAGAGCUAUGUAUUUUUAGUGCAUAUAGCAGAAGGGAGAAGAUGCAUGUAGGUUUGGAAACAAAGUUAAGAAGAAAUAGGAAAUGGAAUUUUUUAUUGUAUAGAAAUUGUACCUCCUGGGAAGGCUCUGUGUAUACCCCGUUCUCUGGUUAUAAAUAGAUAAACCUAAACAUGGGCCUUCCUUGGAAUAUCCCCAUUCUCCUUGCCUCUUAGCAUGUUUGGCUUAAGAAGAACCUUCUAGAAAUCUCUAGAGCCCAUCUUGAUAUAAUGUAGCCCGCCUUACCAUUGUGGGGUGUCCCCUGAGUGUGUGGAGGAUUGGCAGCAAGAAGAAAUGUCCAGGAUCAUGGAGAAUUUCAAAGGUGGGCUUCACCUAAUUACCUCUUGGGUUUGAAUUUUCAGGAGAUUUAUGGGCUUCUUAGGUUUUCUGGAUUCAGCAGUGUUUUCUAAACAGGAUGGGAGCAUUAUGAUCUUGGUCUUUAUUUUCCUUCACUUCUCUUGAGUUUCUCUGCUUUACUUGCUUUCAUUUUACUUUUUCAUUGUUCCAUCGUUUGUUUGUUUUUUUUUUUUUUAAAGAUGUGGCAGCCUUCCUUAGGUGUGGGACUUAGGACAGCAGCAUCUGACUGUCUUCCUUCUUGCUAUGUGUAAUAAUGGCCAGUAGGAUAAGCCACCUGCUGGCUUCCUCCACCUUUGCACAGUGGGCUGCAGCUGUAAAUCUCAUGCUGACUGUCCACUUUGACGGGACAGAGGGUUCCGUAGGUCACUGUGAGAUCUYGCAUCAAGAUCACGGCAACUGGCUUUUUUUGUCUCACGUCAUCUUUCUUGCAAGGAACCUGACAUAUCCCAUUUUUCUGCUAGGGUAAGACUUUCAGGAUAGCUCUGCAGGAAAUGGAUGACAGUUUACAAACAGUCGUCUCAGUGGCAUGGGGAAUCUUUGCCAGGCACCCCUGUUCCACUUCCUUAUAUCUGGGGCUCACAAGCAUGUUCAUCACUCUCCCCUGCCCUGCACACUCCUCUGCCUGCUGUUGCGGAGCCUACAGACUUCUCUGCCUCCGCUUCUGCCAUGAACUUGCUUUGUAAUCUGUCAGGCCAGUAUGUAUACARUGUGGUCAGGUUUUUCAAGAUUUCAAUUGUGUGAUAGUGUAUCCAGAGUGAGACAGAAAUGCCAUGGGACAAGAGCCAGGAGUGAGUGAGGAAGUGGGCCUCUUGCACCCCUGCUGUGAUGUUCACGAAGAAGCUGCCCUUCCAAAUCCAGGAGAUGCUGGCUUAGACAAGAGGGGAAGCUCAUCCARUGUCAGCUGCUCUUGCAGGGUCCUGAAUCUUUCUCCCAGGUCAGCUGGAUCCAUGCUUUCCCAGGCCCCUUUCCUCAUGCUUACUUUGGAGAAGGGGAUGGAGGAGUGGGAGGGAACAAGCCCUAGGUUUAAGACUUUGGUACCUCCUAAAUGAGCACUGAAGACAAUACUACUCAGGAAACUUAGCUUGGGUAGCUUAUUUUAGGACUGAUGAUCACAGUGUAACCUGGGCAGAGUUAGAGCAUCCCCACAUUGAGGUAAUAGAAAGAAGACAAGAGGUGUGAGCCAGAAAGGGGAGGGAGGAAACACAUGGCUUGGCCAGAAGGCCUCUGAUCUGUCUAACAUGACAGAGUGAUUGGGAACUAAUGCUCCGAGCCCUGCUGUGGGGUUUGUGCUACCUGCUUCUCCURUAGUCUCACAUGGAGCAUGAGAGCAUCUACUGUACAGAAUGGGAAAGUGAGGCAGCUCUGAGACGUGAGUUGGCUCCAUGCCCUGGUAUAUGGGAGAGUCYUCCUCAGUGGGGAAAGGGUUAAGUAUGGCUAGGGUGGGGAUGGGGCAGGGGGAUCCCACCAGUCUCUGUUCCCUGUCAGUUUUUCACAGGAAUGAGCCUGAAUGAAUUGCAACUAACUCUCUUAAUGACAUUUGUACCCCUUAAUGUUGGAUAUAGACCAGAAAGCAAAGUGUCCAAUGAUGGAAAGUCACCUCUGCCAGCUCCACUGCCAUGACUGAGCCACCCAGACUUAGGCUGUCUCCCAGGCAAUGGGUAAAACUGAGAGCCACAGCCCAGUUUCCCCCCAAAGCCUGAUCUGCAUGUUCCGGACACCAGAUUGGCAUUCUUGGGCAUGAGGCUUGCCCUCGUGGGGCCCCCUGAAUCGUCAGAGAUCUUUCAGAAUACAGAUGGAAACACUGUUUUUCAGRGCUUCAAUUACAGUUGUGUGAGGCUUAUGCCAGUCUUCUUUUCUCUAACCUAUUAUGACCCCUCCUUGAGAAAGGGGAUCUCUGGCCUUCAUGUGUUUUCUUCUGUGGGAGAUCUCCUGACAGCCAGGGACUUUUCAGCAUCGUUGUUUGCUUGAAACCUAGCUUGCCUGUAGGACAAAGGGACUACAGGUGCUGUACGACGUCUUACAUCAUCUGAUUUUGAGAAGAAUGCUAGCUAUAUUUUUUAAUACUGACCAUAUGUGAGCACUGAAGUGAAAACUCCCUGGGUUGCAAGGGUAAGUUUACUGUCCUCGUUGCAGGAAUGCAAAAAGUGGCUCAGGAGGUUGAAGUCUCUCUCAAAGCCUCACAGCCAGGACAAGCUAGGAUUUAAAGCCAAGGCUUAAAGAGGAGCCUAAAUCACAGUUUGCCUGGCCUUAAACAUGACCUGCAGCACUACAUCUGGAUUCUCUGUGACUUUGUAAUGUGCUUGCAAACACACACACACACACACACACACACACACACAUCUCUCUGCCCACCUCUCAGGGCCUGAGAAAUAGGACUAAACCUAAAACACCUAGAAUUGCCCAUAAACACCAGGCAUAGCUGGAAAUCUUUGUGUUCUAUUAUGAGCACAGCUACAAAAUAUAUCUGAAAAAUACUUGCAGGCUGGGGCUGAGGCUCAGUGGUAGAGUGCUUACCUAGCAAGAGAAGCCCUAAGUUUGAUUCCUGUAGAUAAAUAAGUUGGUUACAUUAAAAAAAAAAAAAAAAGUUCACAUUGUCUGGAGUUCUAGACUUUUUUAGAAGUUCCCAGGGACAUCUGAUCAUAGAAUUUGAAGCUCCUGUCUUCAGGUGAAGGGUAAAAUAGACUUUGGCUUUGCAUGAAAGUAUCCCAGAGUAAUUUGGCUUCAUCCUUGAAUGGGUUGUCAGGUCAUUUCUGUGUGAUGCCAGGGUAUGAGAUGGAAUAUUAGAAGUUGUUGGGUUUACUAGACAUUCACUAACUAGCUAGUUCUGUACACAAGAACUAUUACUGCUGUGGGUUCACAUAGCUAAGCUGCCAGGAAAAACAUUGUUUUGCAGAAAUCUCAGMUCAUGUACAGAACACUUGCUCAGCAUUUUCUUUUCUUGGCAUUCCUUUUGCUUCCCACAGCUUGGUGGCCAGUGACAGUGUGGAGUUCACUUGUUCUCUCCGUGCCUGCUGGGUAGGGCUGCCUAGUUCUACCCAGGCUUUGGUUGGGAGGGCAGAGAUGACAGAGUCCCUCUGGCUACAGUCCCAUGAGGGCUGCCCUUAGUACCCUUGUGAGUCUACAGGGCUGGGAAUGAAUAUCCAAACAGUUGCUCCAAAUAAGUUCUGAACUUGGAACAGAGAACUUUAUGAAUCUGUUGCUCAGGAAAGAGGCUUUCAGAAUGUCCCUGCAGCCAGUCAUUACUCCUAUCCAUUCUCACCUGGGUUGGCCUCUUUCCCUGGGUCCUUGUGAGGCAGUGGCUAAAGCGCCUUUUUGCCAGUUCAGGGGGAGUGAGAAGUUGUCCUCCCUGACAGCCUUCAGAAUCCCAGAGGUGUAUGCAAACAUAACUGGGGCUGGGGUCCUAGGAGACAGUAAAGAAGAGAUGGGGUUUAAAAUAUUUCAAGACAGACAGCUCACAUGGGGACUGCAAGGACCUAUACUGAGCAAACAGAGAUGCUUCCCAAAACCAAAGUCGUGCUCCAUGUCUGCACUGGAGCAASUGAGGAGCAUGUUUUUCCGUGUUUCCUGAAUGACAUUGUUCACUUUGUAGGUAAAGGAGUCUUGUGGCCAUUUCAAGUGGGAUCUUAUGAGAAUUUUUCAUGGUGAAAGCUUUAAGAAGCCAGAGAGUAUCUACCAAUAGCUUCUCCAUAUCCCCAAACCUGAGGCAACCGUGCUAUAUCCUUUAUAAAUGUUGACUUUCUUUUCUUUUUCUUUUUUUUUUCCUGCUAAUUAAUCCAUGUGUUUGAAAUGUUUUCAUUUGAUGUGAGAAUUGUUUAGUGCAUUUGCCUCUGGUGUAUGGAUCCACAGAGAUGGAAAGGAUAAUUAAGAAGUUUCCAGAAACUGGUCAGCUGGGAGCAUGCAAAGGUCAGCAUUUCAGUAAAAGAAUUUCUUCUGGAACUAAUGAGCAAUUUUUUUCUCUUCCUUUUUAAGAAGUGUACCCUUUUCUUAUUUAGUAAUUUAAUGAUAUAUUAARAUGUGUACAUGUAAGUGCUUACAUAUGAGGUAUGACUCUAGGGUUGUGAGUAGAAUUUCUUAAUAUUCAGAAAAUCCAAGUGUUUCAUCUCACCCCACCUUCCUUUAAAAUGUGUCCCUUUGGGAGACUAUGUACUGAUGACUGCAAUGCCGUCUAAGUAAUGAAAACACUUUGGGAACUCCUCUGUUAGAAUGACCUUCAGGACAUGAUAUGUUCCUUUGAUUCCCCUUAGAGGUGAGGAAUCUCCAUCCUUUGAAGAUGGAUUUAAGUUUUGGAAAUAAUCCCAAGUUGUUGACAGCACAGGUGAAAGAAUAAAGUUGGCAGUUAAAGUAAGUCAGACCAUUC